AUGGAAGCACUCGGUGCUGCUGCAAGCGUUAUCGCGGUGCUUCAGCUGUCUACGAGCGUCAUUGAGUACAUCAACGCUGCUUCUGGAGCAAAGAAAGAACGUCGAGAACUCCGCGGGGAGAUACGAGCCUGCACACAAAUUCUUCAAGAGCUGAGAGAUGAAGCUGGUGAUUCGGAGGAAGGCCAGAGGUGGCAAAGCACAAUAAAUGCUCUGGAGGAGCCAGGCGCACCUCUCGGACGUCUGUGGGCUGUAUUAACCAUAAUGGCGGUUAAAUUACAGCCAAAGAGAGGCCUGAAGAAGAUUGCGGAGACCUUGAAAUGGCCCUUUGAAGAGAAGGAACUGGGAAAGCUGAUGGACAUCAUCCACCGUGAACUUGGCCUACUACAAGUAGCUUUGGCCAACAACUCUCGCAAGCUGAUUGCGGAUAUCCACAGAAGCAAGGUGGAGAAUACGGCACAGUUAGCAGAGUUGAUCGCACUCGUCCAAACCAACUCUAAAGACAACCACGAUGGGAUCCAAGAGCUAAAGGACCAGUUGACUCUCUUUCAUGGGUCUCAGAAUGACCUAAGAGACGGCAUUAAUCGACUAGAGCUUCAAAACGACGACCGGGAAACUGCUGAAGAGCGCGCCCUGGCUUUGAACUGGUUGAGUCUGGUCGAUUUUACAAGCCAGCAGACCGACUCCACCCGUCGACACCAGAGAGGUACAGGACAGUGGCUCCUGGACUCCCAGGAGUACAAAUCAUGGUACGAGGCUGAAAACCAGACGCUCUUUUGCCCUGGGAUCCCAGGAGCCGGCAAGACCAUCCUCACAUCAGUUGUGAUCAACGAUUUGGCUGACCGAAGCCGAGACGAUACCUCUGUUGGACUGGCUUACCUCUAUUGCAACUUUCGACGAGAGGGCGAGCAGAAGAUGGAAAAUUUCCUUGCGAGUUUAGUCCGACAACUUUCUCAGAAACAUGCCCGUCUUCCAGACACUGUGAAGUCCAUCUACCAACGACACAAGGGUGAGGGGACACGGCCAUCAGUGGUAGAACUCUCCAAAGCCCUCAAACUGGUGACGGAUAUGUAUUCCAGGGUCUUUGUCGUUGUUGACGCUCUCGACGAAUGCCAAAAAGUCGAUGGAUCUCGUGGAAAGCUCCUUUCAGAACUAUUUGACUUGCAAGCUAGUCAUGGAGUCAACAUAUUCGCAACCUCAAGGUUCAUCCCAGAGAUUGUGGACGAAUUUUCGGAGGGCGCAUCAUUGGAGAUUCGUGCUAGUCCUGAAGAUGUCUUGGCAUAUCUCGAUGGUAACAUGUCUCGACUCCCACGAUUUGUGCUCCAGAACCAAACACUUCAGGAUGAAAUUAAGACCAAAAUCGUCGAAGCUGUGGAUGGGAUGUUUUUGCUCGCGCAGCUUCAUCUAGAUUCAUUGAUUGGAAAGACAGUCCCAAAGGCUGUACGUACAACACUACAGAAGCUUUCGACCGGAUCAAAUGCAUAUGAUCAUGCAUAUGACCGUAUUGUGGAGAGAAUUGAAGGACAGAUCAAAGAUCAAGAGGAUCUUGCAAAACAAGCUGUAUCAUGGAUCGUCUGCUCGGAGACCGAACUAACCACCCUGCAACUUCAACACGCCCUCGCAGUCGAGAUAGGGGAGCCUCAGUUCGACAAAGAGAACAUGCCCCAUGUUGAUGACAUAGUUUCGGUGUGCGCCGGGCUGGUUACCGUGGAUGAACACACCAAGAUCAUCCGUUUGGUUCACUUCACCACCCAAGAAUAUUUUCGGCGCUCAAAAGCAACGUGGAUUCAGAACGCGGCCCAUGUCAACAUUGCAAGAGUAUGCCUUACCUAUCUCUGCUUCGACAUCUUUCGCGAUGGGGUUUGUGUCCAUUACAAAGACUUCCAGGAGCGUCUAGAUAAAUACCCCCUAUUCAAGUAUGCCUCACAUUACUUAGGAAUUCAUGCUGUCGUGGCUUCGCUUCCACCUCUAGAACUUAUGGAAUUUUUAGAGUGUGAUUCAGCAGUGGAAGCAUCGUUCCAAGCACUGUUGGUUGGCAAGCUGAGCUGGUCACACCCUAGCUACACCCUUCAGCUUGGCAAGAAGUCCCGAGGUCUACAUUACGCAUCAGUCUUUGGGCUGGAUGAGGCGGUGACUAUGCUCUUAGACCGCCAGCACCAUGUCGAUGUAGAAGAUGGACAUGGUAGGACACCACUGUCAUUUGCCGCCGAGAAUGGCCAUAUCGCUAUCAUAAAGCUAUUGCUUGGUCGAGGUGCAAAGGUAGACUCGAUGGCGAGUGGUGUGGAGAAUGGCCGGACACCUCUUUCAUUUGCCGCCGAGGGGGCUCAAGAGGACUCAGUCAAACUACUUCUUGAACAAGGUGCGAACCCCAACUCUCAAGAGUAUGUCGUACCUCGAGGGUGGGAACGGGCAAAAAGUGAAGAUGGCAAAGUUUACUAUGUCAAUCAUUUCUCGGGAACAACAACAUGGUCUGACCCUCGAUAUGACACCAACUUACCAGAAGGUUGGGAACGACGAAUAGCACCUAACGAGCGCCCCUACUAUGUGGAUCACAACACGAGAAUGACUAGUUGGGAUGCUCCACAGCAAACAGUCAGCAAUCUUGAAAAGUCGAAGCUAGAUGGCGGGCGUACGCCGUUGCUUUAUGCUGUCAUAGGAGACAAGCUUUCGGUAGUAAAGGUGCUACUUGCUGUGGAUGACAUCGACAUAAACAAGGUUGACAACAUAGGUCGUACGCCUCUCCACCAUGCAGUCAUGUGUGGGCACCGCCCAAUUUUCGAGCUGCUAUUUGCCAGAGAUGAAAUAGUUGUCGAUGUCAGGGAUAUCGUGGGAUCCACAGCGUUCUCGGCAGCGGCUUCCCGAGACGAAUUAUGGUACAUGGAGCAACUACUCGCGGCCGAGAGGGUUGAUCCAGAUCAGAAAGACAACUUUGGAUCUACGCCACUUCAACAUGCGGCCGGACGUGGCCAUAUAGCCAUGGUUGAGCGGCUACUCGCGACUCACAGGGUCGAUCCGGGCGGGAGAGACUGUAUUGGCCGAACGCCGCUGUCAUGUGCGGCCGAAAAGGGUCACGGAGCGAUAGUUGAGCUAUUGCUUGCAACUAAGAGGGUCGACCCUACCUUGAAAGACGUCACGGGACAGACGCCGUUUGAUUACGCUGUUGCCGCAGGAGACGAAAGUAGCGUAAGAGCGCUGACCUCAUAUGGGGAGUCGCUGGGUCCAGGUGUGUGA